GAACCGUUGACACUUACACUUACGUCUCUCAGAAGUGAUGUGUCUCCUCCAAUUUAUCGUCUUUAUUUAAGCAUAUCGUAGUAUUAAGUACCUAAAAGUGAAGUUUUUAUAUUCAUGGUUAUACGUGGAAGUCUGUAGAAGAACACACUAUGUCUCGACGUCGCCCUGGAACAGCAGGCUCAGUGCGAUCUACAUCUGCAAUCAACCCUCUAAGAGUCCGUCCCGGUAGUCGACCAGGUUCUGCUCGGGAGUGGUUCGAGGCAUAUAACCAACGGCGGAAUGAGGAAGCAUGGCGUCUUGAGGAAUGGAAGAACACUGUCAAUAGUCUGAAGAAAAAGGAAUGGCAGGCACAGUACUACACUGCUAUUGCUCAGCCAAAGCACAAAAGUGUUGAUGAAGAAGAGCUUCGUAAAAAGGAGGAGAAGGAGCGCAAACUGGCUGAUAGACGGGCUAGACUCACUCGUCUGUUUCAAGAAGAUGAAAGGCGGUAUCAGGAUGAGAGGGAGCAGAAAUACAGAGAAUCAAGACACAGAACAGUUCACCAUCAUAUUGUCUAUCCUGAGGUGGAGAUGCUGAAGUGUCGCUUAGAUGACCUAAAGAAGAAGAACCUUGAAGAGAGACAGAAAAUGACAGAAUCUCUUUCGUAUGAAAUCUGGAGACGAAACAGCCCACAAGUUAGACAAGUAAGUGAUGUAGAUAUUUGUAUGGCUGGAUAUAGAAUUACAGUAAACAAGAGAAAGAAUAUAUCAUUUUUUUUGGAAAGAGAAAAACGCGAUGAGUUCCUGAGGCAAGAGGAAGUUACGUUAGAGAGAGAGAAGCUUAGACUCCAUGAAAUUACCCAACGGAGGCUAAGACUGAAAGAUUUAAGGCAACGGAAAGAGUUAGAGUUGUUUUGGGCCAGACAGUAUCAACUGAAACUAAAGAAAAAGGCGGCAGACAUCCAACAGGAACUCCUUGAGGAUGAGAAUAUCAUAGAGGACAUCUUAAGAGGGCUUCCAGAAGAUGAGGAUGAGCAGAUGAAGCAUCGAAGAAGCGAGGCUGAAUGGAUGAAGACUGUGCUGGGAGAACAGAGGAAGUUGGAGAGCAUGCGUGAGAAAGAGUACGAGCUGCUGUUUAGCGAGGAAGCAGAGUCAAUGUGGAAGAAGAGGCAGGCAGAGUGGGAGAGAGAGCAGCGAGCACGAGACCGACUGAUGGGUGAAGUAUUACAUGGACUUCAACAACAGGUUCAAGAUCAGCAGUCCAGAAAUGUCCGUGAAAGAGAAACACUGGAUUCAGAAAAGGCACAAAUUCAGAGAUCCAUAAUCGACAUACGAGACCAAAUGCAAGACCUGGAAAGAGAAGAGAAGGAGAGAAGAGAGAAACAUCACACAGUUCAAGUGCAGCCAUCGCAGAGAAUGAUGCAAGAGGCAGCUACUCUCAGAAGGGAUCGAGAGGAUGAGGAGAGGAAGCUGCAAGAACACCGCAGGGAAAUUUCUCGCCUUGAGCAGCAGCUGCAACAACUUUGGGGUCCACAAUAUGCUCCACCUAAAUACGGACGUAAGAGAUUCGUCUGGUGAAGGAAGAACACUUGUUAGAAUGACUCCUCGUCAUUCAUAACCAAUGUGUGAUAUCUGGUUUGUUUCAAGAGGGAACGAGUUAGUGUCACGUCUGCACGACUCCACAUAACUCAACACUCGCAGGGACGAUUAUCUGGUGCUGCACUACUUAAUGUGUAUCUUGUCUUUUCUGUUUCAUUUAUGCUUUUUAAAAGUUUUUAUAUUGUUUAGGAAUACACGUGCAUAUACGUAUGCAUUUACAUAUACAUAUACACACUUACACUUACACUUAGACUCACACUUGUACUCAUACACUGUAUAAUAAAAAGAAAUAUUACCAUUUUUUUCUGAUAUUUUCUGAUAUUUUUCUGAUAAG